AUGUGUAACAAUACCAUCUACUGGAAGUUAUUAGAUUGAGCCCCGACUAUAUUAUUACAACUUUAUGUUCAUUUGAUUAAAACCUGUCAAAUAAUUGCGUGUUUUUUUCCAUUGUUGUUCCUUGCUCCACUGCAAUCGUGACUCACUCGUCACACCCUUGCACUACAAACCCCCGCAGUCACCAUACUGCGUAAAAAAAGCACGGACAAUCGACAGUGACGAAUAAAUAAAAAAAUAACAGGGAAGGGAAUGAGUUACAUGGAUACAUUUGACGUUUAACGUUAUCACGGAGAUUGUAGACAGGUGUGUUCCAGUAUUGCAAGCGAUACGAGGGUGAUACGCCGUCAUUGUAGACCCUAGUCAUAUGAUCCAAUGUGCAAGGUGUUUCUUUCAUUCUCACUAACACCAUUACCGUCAUUAUCGUAGAGACAACGUUGGGGGUCUAAGAACUUUCUUGCUGGAGUGAAGAACGAAUCGAGCAAUUUAUUGUCACUAUGUCGUUCUUCGGAGUCAAUGUCAAUCCGUUCUCGACCCCUGUGGGUCAGAGAAUUGAACAAGCAACCGAUGGAAGUUUACCGAGUGAAAAUUGGGCCCUCAAUAUGGAAAUAUGUGAUAUAAUAAAUGAAACCGAAGAUGGACCGAGAGAUGCUAUAAAAGCGAUAAAACGAAGAUUAACUCAAGCAGCUGGGAAAAACUACACCAUUGUCAUGUACACACUGACUGUACUAGAGACAUGUGUGAAAAAUUGUGGCAAACGUUUUCAUAGCUUGGCGUGUUCAAGAGAAUUCGCUGGGGAUUUGGUGAAACUCAUUGGACCAAAGAACGAACCGCCUACUGCAGUGCAGGAAAAAGUAUUGAGCUUGAUUCAGACGUGGGCUGAUGCUUUCCGCCAUCAGCCUCAUACGCAGGGGGUAGUGCAAGUUUAUCAGGAGUUGAAAGCCAAGGGAAUUCAAUUCCCCAUGACUGAUUUGGAUGCCAUGGCGCCUAUACUCACGCCUGAGAGGAGUGUUCCAGAGGUAACAACAGCUGCUCCUCUCCCCCAAGAGCGUCCAGCCUCUGCUACAGACUCAGCAGCAAUUCCCAUUCCGCCCACAGUGCAACCCCAAGUGACAUCUCCAAUUCGUCUCAAAGAUCAGCAUAUUGCUAAACUACGAAGUGAACUCGAAGUUGUACAAGGAAACAUGCGAGUUCUAGCUGAGAUGAUUCAACACUUGACUGAGCAGUGUCAGAAUAAUCAGCAGCCAGAGCAGGCUGAUCUCGAUUUACUCCACCAACUGUACUCUACAUGUCGAGCCAUGCAGGAACGAGUUGUGGAGCUCGUUGGAAAACUUGUUGACGAUGAAAUGACUGCUGAGCUGCUCCGCAUAAACGACGAGCUAAAUAAUUUGUUCUUGAGAUAUUCGAGAUUCACGAAGAAUAAAGCUAUACCUCCAGCUAGCGCUAUUCUGGCUCAGGCCAUUGGACAUCCGCCAACAGGUAGUGAAAUAACAGGAAAAAGGUCUGAACCCUCGCUUAUCGAUCUGGGGGACGCCGAAAUUGCAGCCGGGCUUGAUAAGCAAGUGUCAGAAUUGGAAAUUAAAGGCGAUGACACUAGGACUAAAACAAAGGACAAAGACCACCCUGAUAACGACGAAUUCGACAUGUUUGCCCAGUCUCGUAAUGCAACAUAUGAAACAACGAAGAACAGUGGAAGUAGAUACGAAGAUAACAUGGAGGAAUUGGAUAGUAGUAUAAGUACAGCACUAAAGAACCGUAAUCUAAACCUUGGAGCAUCUGGAGCCUCAAAUUCUGUAGAUUCUGAUGUUGCUGCCCCCGUUGGAGCAAGAACUGUUUUGCCAAAUCGAGAGUCAGAGUUCACAGAAAUGGCAGCUUGGCUCGAUAAUACAACAGCCAAAGAACACACUGGAGAUCAAGAAUCCUUGACAUCAUCAGAAUUCGAGAGAUUUUUGGCGGAACGCGCAGCAGCCGCUGACGCAUUGCCAAAUUUACCAACAGUUACAACUGCCCCAAGUACAACAACAACUGGAAAUACAAAUAUUCAACGACAAAUUAAUAAAGAUCAAGACAAAUCAUUAUUUGCCCUCUAAA